UGGCAGGAAGAUAAACAACCCAUCAGAUCUCCAUUUCGCAAUGCGUCGCAUCGCAAACCACCUCUUCAGCAUCACCAUCGCCAUAUUAAUCUUGACAUCGCACAAAAACUACGAGCCCGCAAGGAACUAGAAUCGAGUCCACAAUGUCGUCCGCAUUCGAGCCGUCGCUGUCAACCAGCCGCCCACCAUUAGGCGGGCCCUCGAUCGCCGACACGCUGCCCAACAUCAACUUCGGCUUCGACGAGCUCCGCGACCGCAUGGCCAAGUUCACCGCCAGGUUUGACGCAUUUAUUGAGCAAGGGCGCAAGCGCGUGCUGGAGGAGCGAAACCAGUUCCGCAUGAACGUGGCCGAGCUGCAAGAGGACCAGCGCAUGAAGAAGAAGGACAUCGAGAUCCUCCAGCUCAAGACCAACACCUACCAACAAACCAUGGCCAAAGAAGCCGCCGAGACGCGCGAGAUGCAGAGCGCCAUCGCCGAGCUGACAGCGCAGCGUGACCGGCAGGCGGCGGCGCGGGACGCGCUCAAGGAGCAAAUCGCCGCGACGCAGCGCGAGAUUGACGCGCGGCUGGCCGCGCAGCGCGCGCACCAGGCGCAGCUCGAGGCGCAGGCCCGCUUCAACGUGCCGGAGCUCGAUUUUUGGGUCACCAACCUGUGCAUGCGCAUCGAGGGCGCCGGGGUCGAGGACCGGCUCAAAUUUGUGUACACGCACGUGGACGAGAAGAACUGGGAGCGCGAGGCCUGGUUCGAGCUGUGUACGGGAGGUAGGGACUAUGAUGUGCGGCAUUGCCGGCCCAAGCUGGAGAGAGACAAGGUGGAGAGGGUGUUGGAGCGGGUUAAUGAGACGAGGGAGCUUGUGACGUUGCUGAAGGGGAUGAGGGAGUUGUUUGUCGAGGCGAUGCGACCAUGACACAGUUGGUGGUACGGUGUGAUGAUGAGGGUCGAGGGAUGCAAUGUUGAGAUACCAAGGCAGUUUGUUAGCUUUUCAUGAUCUAAACACCGAGGUGCUCAAGAAAUGAGCCUGAAGUACCAAAAUUUGGUUUGGAAGCAAGCGACUAUCAUGACUUGUGGUCGUAACUGCUCGUCCGAUCUUCCGUCCAUGCCCAGACGCGUGAACCCCGCCAAUUAAACGCAGAAACGCGUAUCGUGAGGCUUCUUCAACAGUUCAACCACACACCUCAUCGUCUGCACCAUCGGUCCGCCCAAGAUGCCACCCAACGAGCGGGCAGAGAAGCAGGCGGCUGCACAGCAG